AUGAAGCAAGUGGAUCCCUUUGAGACAAUGUUGAAGUCUCUCUUGAAGUACCAGUCCAGCCUGAACGGGGAUACAGGAGAGAGCCACAUGAGGAGAAAGCUGUAUGAAAAUGGUGUGACCAAGGCCUUGCAAAGUAACUUUGCUCUCAUCCAGAAGCUGUCAGAAGAGUUGCUAGCCAAAUGGCUCUCCCUCCCUGAGGCACAGCACGUGCCACUCUGCCAGCACAUGCUGGGCUUUGCCAUGAAGUCUGUCACGCAGACAGCUAUGGGCAGCAGCUUUGAAGAUGACCGGGAAGUCAUCCGAUUCCGCAGGCACCAUGAUGCAAUCUGGUCAGAGAUUGGGAAAGGUUUCUUGGAUGGAUCCCUUGACAAAAACAUGACUAGGAACAAGCUCUACAGAGAUGCUCUGAUGGAGAUGGAAUCCACCUUAAGGAAAGUUACAAAGGAGCGCCGAGGCAGAUCAUUCAACAGGCACGUCUUUAUAGACACCUUGCUGCAGGGGAACCUGAGUGACCAGCAGAUUCUGGAAGAUACAAUGAUUUUCUCCUUGGCAGGAUGCAUAAUCACUGCUAACUUGUGCACCUGGGCAGUCUAUUUCCUGACAACCUCAGAAGAUGUUCAGCAGAAUCUCUACAAGGAGAUGGAUCGUGUUCUGGGGAAGGGACCAAUUACGCAUGAGAAAAUUGAGCAGCUCAGAUACUGUCAACAAGUCCUGUGUGAGACAGUGCGAACAGCAAAGCUUACGCCCAUUGCUGCACAGCUGCAGGAGCUGGAGGGCAGAGUCGACCAACAUACAAUCCCUAAAGAGACUCUUGUGCUUUAUGCUCUUGGUGUGAUGCUGCAGGAUAGUUCAUCAUGGCCAUCACCAUACGAGUUUGACCCAGAGAGAUUCAAUGAAGAAUUGGCUGUGAAAAACCUUUCCUUGUUGGGUUUUUCAGGAAGCCAGGAGUGCCCGGAGUUGAGGUUUGCAUAUAUGGUGGCUACAGUUCUGCUGAGUGUCCUGGUAAGGAAACUGUAUCUCCACCCAGUGAAAGGACAAGUCAUGGAGACCAAAUAUGAGUUGGUAACUUCACCAAAGGAGGAAGCCUGGAUAACAGUGUCUAAGAGAAGCUAAAAGCCAGCAAAAUGAAGGGCUUGUUUUGUGCCAGCAGUGAAGUUCUGAGCAAGGAUCUUAGGAGGAAUCAUGCUGGUGCUACACUGACUCAGCCAGGGAAUUUUACAUUCAGAUUUUGUUACCUUCCAUGUUCUUAACCACAUAGCUCUCUUGGGUACUUUUUCUAACUCAACUAGUAGUCAUAUUAAAGUCGAUUUAAUCUGCA